AUGCGUCCCCUGCAGCGUCCCCGGCCAUCUCCCCCGGCCAAUGCCAGCAUCCAGCUUCCGUGUUCAGGUCCCUGCGAGCGCCGGGGACGUACGGGACGAACAGGGGCCGGAACCUGCGGCAAAUUUAAAAAUUUUAGAAACUGUCAUUUUCUAAUAAAUGAUGUUUCAAACCAUUUCACAUACAUUUUGUCCCUACUGCUUUGUCCUGUGCCCUGCCUGCAUUUUUACUGUUCUUUCUGCCUGGAAACUUAGAAAAGUCCAUGGCGUCCAAAAAGAGUCUCUUUAUGUCAAAAGCAGUUUUAGACCGGCUAGAGAACAGCGAUAGUGAAUUAGAACCACUUACAGAAUUGA